AGCCGUCGAGCGUCCUCUUUGGUGCCCUCGCUGACUCGACAGGUUCGUUCAUGCUUGGCAGCAUGCGCAGCUGCUGUGUUUGCGUAUGGAUAUACAUAGCGAUGAUGUUCAUAUUAUGACUGUUGCCUGACCUGCCAGCCAAACAGCCGGCGCCUGGGCGCUCAGGUGCGCCAGGCACAGGUAGACCCGGCCAGGCCACGACAGGUAGCUUCGAUCGCUGGCAUAUAAGCCAUGCUGCGUGUUGCUAUGUCAACACUUGGCAAACAACAGGCAACAGAGCAACAACAUAUCGACAUGGAGCUGGAAAAGCAAUUGAAACCCACCGUCUCGUAUCAUCUGUUUCUAUAUCGCGAGGAGUUGGCCAGACGCCAGCGACGGCUGCUGCGGCUAUCCCGCACCAAGAUCGAGAUCACGGACGAGCUCAUCUCGAAGACGGUGCGCAACAUCAAGAGCUGCAGCAUGGAGGAUCUAAAGGCGGUCAAUCGGGAGCUGCUCUUCAAACGAAAACUGAGACACAAUGUCUCCAAGCUACGCAAACUGGCCAAGCAGCAAUAGAGCGAGAGGAAGAGAGAGCGAUAGAGUGGCA